AUGUCGCAGCAACGGGUCCUUCCCCAGAGCAAAGAAACUCUCCUUCAGUCCUACAACAAAAGGCUGAAAGAUGACAUCAAAUCCAUCAUGGACAACUUCACAGAGAUAAUUAAGACUGCAAAGAUCGAAGAAGAAACUCAAGUUUCUCGUGCGACGCAAGGCGAGCAGGAUAACUACGAGAUGCACGUCAGAGCUGCAAAUAUUGUCCGAGCCGGCGAAUCCCUCAUGAAGCUGGUCUCCGACCUGAAGCAAUUCUUGAUCCUCAAUGACUUUCCUUCUGUCAACGAAGCCAUCAACCAACGCAAUCAGCAGUUGCGGGCCCUGCAAGAGGAGUGCGACAAGAAACUGAUUGCGCUGCGCGACGAAAUCUCCGUCGACCUCUACGAACUGGAAGAGGAGUAUUACUCUUCCAGCUACGGCGUCUGCGAUGCCAGCAGCCUCUCUCUCUCAGAAGCCUACUGGAGGCAAGAACCAGCGGUGUCACCCCUAGAAGGUCUCGACACGUCCCUGGCCGCCGCCACCAGUGCCAUGGAGCAGAACACUCCCGCCCCACAGGGCUCAACGCCUUCGCAUCCGCACAUCAACGGGCACGGAGUGGGUCCCCCGGAGCACCCCUAAAAGGGGGCAGGUGCUCCAUCCAGAUGGCAUUUUAACAUCCUGUUUUCAGCAAGCAUUGGAAGCUGUCUCACUGCCUUCCCAUGGUUUGAACACAGCUUUGCUAUUCUGGAAAACAUUUUUUUUUUCCCCCUGGAGAAGACAUUUAACAUCGUGGUCCAGAGAUUCCUUAAAGCAGUGUUUCUCAACCUCUGCAACUUUAAGAUGUGUGGACUU